AUGGAUAGUGGCAAUGAUGAAGAUCCUUUAUCGUCAGACUUUUCUUGCCAAGAAAAUCCUGAAUUUUUGUAUGAUGAGGUGCCGGUUGAAAACCCAGACGACAAAAUCAACAACUUAAUCCAUAUAGAGAUUGGAUUUGGGUUCCAGAAAGAUGAAGCUUUUAUCAUUCCUAAUUGGGUUUCGGAAGUUGAAGCGAAGUUCAAUGAGAUUGUUGACGGGAAAUCCCACGACGGAGGAAUAUUAGACUUUUGGAUGUGUGGACAAUCACUUAUGUUUGCAAAGGGUUUGGCUAUUGGACAAGAUGUCGUGAACAAGGCUAAAGCAUUUGAUGAAAAGCAUCGAUUGAUAGCAAGUGCAUCAGAGAAGGUUAUUUCCUUUGACAGGAAAGCGGGGCUUACAGAGAAAUUAACAGUAGGCAUUUCUGUGGUUAAUGAGAAAGUGAAUUUUGUUGAUCAGAGGCUUCAUGUCUCAGAUAAAAUAAUGGCAGCAAUAUUUGCAAUAGAGAGAAAAUUUAAUGAUAGGGGGUCAGCUAUCAAAACAAGUAGGUAUGUGACCGUUGGAGCAGCUUGGCUAAAUGGUGCUUUUGGUAAGGGGGUAAGGGCAGGACAGGUUGCAGUUACAAAAACCAGAGGAAAGUUCCAUAUGGCUGUCUCAAACUUGCAAGAUUGCAGAUGGUUCAACUCUGUGUUCUGCUAUCAAAACAAGUAG